AAAGCAUUCUUAAACGUUCCUUUGUAGGUGUUUCUGCAUGAGAGAAGAGCCGCUACAGUGGAAGAGGCUUAACAGGCUUUAGGAUGUCUGAGGAUGAAGAAAAGGUGAAGUUACGCCGACUUGAACCAGCUAUCCAGAAAUUCACAAAGAUAGUGAUCCCGACAGACCUGGAGAGGUUAAGAAAACACCAGAUAAACAUUGAGAAGUAUCAACGGUGCAGAAUUUGGGACAAGUUGCAUGAAGAGCACAUCAAUGCAGGGCGCACUGUUCAGCAACUCCGUUCUAAUAUCCGAGAAAUGGAAAAGCUUUGCUUGAAAGUCCACAAGGAUGACCUGGUUCUUCUGAAGAGGAUGAUUGAUCCUGUGAAGGAAGCAGCAGCGGCGGCCACAGCAGAGUUUCUCCAGCUCCAUCUGGAGUCUGUUGAAGAGCUCAAGAAACAGUUUAAUGAGGAAGAAGCCUUAUCACAGUCUUCUCUCACCAGAUCCACAACCGUUGGUGGAGCACUCCACACUUCGGAGGCUGAAGCUACUUCUCAGAGUCUGACUCAGAUAUAUGCCUUGCCUGAAAUUCCUCGAGACCAAAAUGCUGCUGAGUCCUGGGAUAACUUAGAAGCGGACUUAAUUGAACUUAGCCAUCUGGUCACUGAUUUCUCCCUCAUGGUGAAUUCUCAGCAGGAGAAGAUUGACAGCAUUGCAGACCAUGUCAACAGUGCUGCUGUGAAUGUUGAAGAGGGAACCAGAAACUUGGGGAAGGCUGCAAAGUACAAGCUGGCAGCCCUGCCUGUGGCAGGUGCACUCAUCGGAGGAGUGGUGGGGGGUCCCAUCGGCCUCCUCGCAGGCUUCAAAGUGGCAGGAAUUGCAGCUGCACUUGGUGGUGGGGUAUUGGGCUUCACAGGUGGAAAAUUGAUACAAAGAAGGAAACAGAAAAUGAUGGAGAAGCUCACUUCCAGCUGUCCAGAUCUCCCUAGCCAAAGUGACAAAAAAUGCAGUUAAAGCCCAAACUUCCAGCUGGUGCCAAUGCAUCCAUCCUAAGGAGCACCUUGCUGCUGUUGAAUGCUCAGCUGUUGGAACACAGUGUUGGGGAGUGGCUCUUCAUGUCCAUGUGGUAUUGAACCACCAUAACCGGAUGUAUUUGUUUGCUGGCUGUUAAUGGAGAUGUUAGAGGAGCCUGGGCUUGAGGGCAUGUGAUGUCUAUCGGGUCAGUUUAAAGACUGCCAAAGAGAAAACGUUCUGCCUGGAAAUGUGAAAACUGAACCUCUAACUCUAAGGAUCUAAAAAGUGUGAAAUGUGUCGGGCUCACGAGGGUCAGUGUAUGUAUAGAUUAUUUCUCCUACAGGGAAGGAACGGAAUGUGAGUUCUGGAGUCUUUCUGUCAGGUAGGGAUGUUGCUGCUACCAAGGGGCCCCGGGUGAACUCCUUCUGUGCUUGGAUCCAUCUGUAUUUUCUGGUGAAGGAAACUAACACUAUAAAAUGGACAGAGACGCCCACUUUCUCUUGACAGUCUCUUCAUUGUGACAUGGGUGACAUCUUUUCUGAAAUCUUCCCCGCCUUUCCAGCUAAGGAGCACAGAAGCUUGUGUGCUGGAUCUGCUGACCCAGCCACAAACCCACUUGCAGCUGGUGAUUCUGAAGGUUCUCUGCUUCUGGGGUGAAUUCUACCCAUCUUGUGAGGAUUUUUCUCAUAAUCUGCCUUUUUAUAUCAUUUCCCAUCUCUAGUUACCCCUACUUGUAAUCUCUUAAAUUGAAAAACAAAAAUUUAAACAUUUCCAACAUUUUUGGGGCAAAGGGGAGCACAAGGUCACACCAUGGGGCACUUUAGAACUUCAAGGGGCUGACACACCUGCCUCAAGGGUCUGGCCCCUCAGUCUUGUUGCGGGGUUGAGAAGGAGCUUUCUACCUCACUUCUGUUACCGCUGCCCUCUUUCGGGCUAUCUCCUGUCCUUCAGUUUUCUCUGCCGCUCUCCCAGUGCUCACACCUAACUUCUCUCGUGUUCUAAACAGCCAAGAGUCAGACCCCGUGAAAGAUCUGUGGUGCUAACCCAACAGAUAACAUGGACAGCGGCCACGGGCCAGUCCAGCUCCAUGUCUGUCUCAAACAUAGAGUUUGAAAUUUAGAGAAAAGGAAUAAGACUGCAGGCACCCUCCCCCUGCAUCCUAACUCAUCCUGACAGGAAGGAGCCACUGGCCGCCUCAUUCUUUAAUCUCCCCUGAGGAGAAAGCACAGUCAGCCAGGAGCAUGGGUUCAAGGACCAAAGGGUUUAUCCUUUUAAGAGCUGUGUUGAGCCAGGCAGUGGUGGUGCACUCCUUUAAUUCCAGCACUGGGGAGGCAGGGGCAGGCAGAUCUCUGUGAGUUCAAGGCCAGCCUGGUCUACAGAGUGAAUUCCAGGACAGGCUUCAAAGCUACAGAGAAACCAUCUCAAAAAACAAAACAAAACAAAACAAAACAAAGCUGUGUUGUUGAUGUUUGACCUCUAUUGAUUGCUACUUUUCCUUCUGUGUUGCAAGAUCCUUCCCUUUGAUGCUUUUGAGUCUUCUUACUGAUGCAUUCAUUCCUAUGAAACGAAACACUACAUCAUACAUGUUAGGAGGUAUCAAGUAUUUGUUAUUGCUGACUAAAGACUUUACUAUUCCCCUCCCCCAAAAAGGAAGUACUUGAGUGAGUGUCAGAUUCUGAGGCACUGACACUGGGAACUAAGUAUUUGGAGUAAUGUUUUUAACUUCAUCCUUUGUUCUCUGUUUCUUGCUGCUCCUUUAAGGUGGGCAUGUCAAACCUGAGCAGGAGGCAGAACUCAUCCAGAUUUUAUUUAAAAGAAGAUGCUUUUUAAAUUUUGUUUUUCAAGAUGGUUUCUCCUCGGUAGCCCUGGCUGUCUUGGAACUCUGUAGAUCAGGUUGGCCUUGAACUCAGAGAUGCACCUGCUUAUGCCUUGGAGGGCUGGGAUUAAAGGCACACGCUGCCACCGCCUGACUAAAACAAGAUUCUGGAGCCUCCAUCAUGGGUAAUUCUGAUACAGCCAGUCCAGCCUGCUUAGCUGGAAUUAUAAGAAUAGUAAUGUUGUUUCAUUGUUUAAUCUCCCAUGCUCACCUCAUCUUCCUCAUGCCUUAGUACUCAUCCCGCCAGUCCCCAGAGGGCCACUCAGUCAGUGGGCCAUAACAGUCACAGCACAAAGGACCUAGAAGAACCAGGAUGAGGCUUGCAUUUGAAACCCACGUCUUCGGGAUUUUGCAUUUUUACUGAGCCAAUGUGGAAACUGUUGACAUGAUCAUGAACUGUCAGUACUGGGCUUUUGACUCUAGCCGUCUAAAUGCUUAAGGAAGUUCCAGUCUUCUUAAAUUUUUAUACUUUAAAGUUACUUAGAAAUUUCACUUCAUUUCCCUACAAUUGAACCUAAUAGCUAACUUUUUGUGGAAAUUGCUUAGAAGUGUUUAAUCAACUAUAAAUGAUAUAAAGUACUUAAAAGUAUAAAUUAGUCAAUAUGACACAGAAGUGAUCUUAAAAUUGGACUUAAUAUGCCCCAUAGUGUCAAGUUAAAUUUAUCUUCUCUAUGAUUUAUGUCUUAUUUUUAUUUCAACUAGUUAAAAAGGACCACUUUAAUUAAGCUCAUAAAAAUUGUUAAGACUCAUUUCAGUAAUGGCAGCACUUCUAAAGACUUUUUGAUGUUAUAAUCAGAGAAUUUCUCUGAAAUUUUGGUGUAACACACAGUAAAAAAAAUGUAUUAAAAUUGAGCAUAUAUACAUAAAAAUGUUUACCACUAUGUGCAAUACAUUUUGAUGUUUUGUUUUUCAACAUACUAAUUUCAAUCUACUAAACCAAUUGCUACCUGCAAUUUUCAGAAAACAUCCUUCCCUACAGAAGAACUGGUGUUUCCCAAGCAGUUAGCCAGGCACUUUACCAGGCAUUUAUGGAGAGGGUAACUGGGCCUCAGAGGAAUUGAGUAAUGUGUAGAGUCAUUCAAUUCCAAAGGAGGAAGCUGGGAUGGUACUGGGUGUGUGUUGAUGCUCAGUCUCUCUUGGUUAUGCUCUGCCACCUCUCCCGAAGCCUACAAGGCCAGCUGUGAACAACUGGUCAUUUGCUUCUUUGUCUUCUGGUGCCUCAUCAGGUGUCCACAGCCUGCUCUUAAUUGUGGCCAUGGCAGAACACACUGUUCUCAAGUAUAAAAUGAAGAGCACCACUAUUCUGCCCCACCCUCUACACAUUGGUUUAUAUCAUAGGUUAUGAUCAUUGUUUAACAUGUUUUAUAUAAUUAAAAAUAAACAUUAGUACUUUUUUUUAAGACAAAUCUCUCAUAGCUUUUAGAAUCAAUUAAUCAUCACCCUUUAAAUGAUGCUCCUGGGAAGCCAUGCACACACAGUAGGGUGCUGGGAACACUUAGGCUGUUUUUGAACAUCAUAUAAGAAAAGCCACAGGCCAUUUCCCAUACCUUUGUGACCUGCUCUUUUCCCAUCUCAAUUUUGUGUCUUCUGUUGGAGUAACUAUCCUACCUCACACACAGAAGCCAGGGACCUAACAUGCCUAAAAAGUGAGCAUGCUGAAGCUGCCUAGAACUGGCCAUACUUCUAGAACAGGGCCUGGGGUUACCCUGAAACUCCUGCAUGGCCACAAAUGUCCUUCUGUCUGUCUGCCUUUCGUGCUCUAUGUUUUCUGCAGCGUGAGAAUGGGAUGCUCAUAACACCCAAUGUUCACAAGGCGGCUUGAAAUAAAACUACAAAUAUCUAGCACACAAUAUUCCAGUAAAAGCCCAGAAGCCAAACCAUCCUUUGACUAGCUAGUGACAAAGGCAUUUCUCAAAAGAGCCCCAGAAGCCCUUCACUGAGAGUACACAGACUCUAGAUAGAGGAGGGAAAGCCUGAGGUAAGGUCCUCAGUGUACACACAAUGCUUUCUCACCACAGACUAGAAUGUGGCUGUGGUUCUCAGGUGGUUACAGAGAUCUGAUGACGUUCUCAAGUAGUUGGAGGUCUAACAAGGCCAGGGUGCUUCCUCUCUGACCCAGUCAUCAAACACAUUCAUCCUGUUUGUGUAUGGAGUUUUGUUGGUUUUGUUUUCUGAAAUAGGGUUUUACUGGUAGCCCAGGCUGGCUUUGAACUUGCAAUCCUCCCACUGCCAUCUCCCAAGUGUUGGGAUUAUAAGCAUCCAACUCUGUUUUAUAACUGUUACUAACACCUAUGUUUCCAGCAAAUGGUUCUAUUUGGGUUCAUCAGUUUGACACCCUUUCUCUCUCUCUCUCUCUCUCUCUCUCUCUCUCUCUCUCUCUCUCUCUCUCUCUCUCUCACACACACACACACACACACACACACACACACACGUACACACACACAACCCUUCUUGAGUGUUAUAAAUAAUAGUAAAAGUUUUGUAUCUACAUUGCUAUCUUCAAAGAAAUUAAUUUGUGACAAAAAUACAUCUGUGCAAUAUUAACCAAACAAAUAUAUUGAAAUAAAAACAUAAAAAGUGCCCAAGAUCACAAAGCUACUUUGUGUAAGAUCUAAGAGAAUGAUCUGGGGUGGGGGAUCCUCCAUGUGAUUUUAUUAAGUUUUUGUUAUGUCAUGUCAAGUUGCCUGCUAAAGAUUGGGUCUCAACACAACCUCAGUGAUCCAAAUCAGCCCAAGUAGAAAGAAAUGUUCCUAGAGGAAAUUAGAUACAAUGUCUUGACCUUCCAAACAGUGUCAGUCACCUCGCCACUUGUGCCUUUACAGCCAAAGCAGAAGGGUCCCCUUUAACAGCAAGGGGAGCUCCAUCAGCUCCUGUCCACUCCUUGCACAACUUGUUUGAGCAACAGUCAAUAGUUUGCUUUUUGCAUACAUUUCCCAACUGUUUGAGCUUUUCCUCUUAAUGCUAAUUACUAAAUUGUGUUACUUAGGUUUCAUUAGCUAAACCCCUUAAAGGAGUUUUCCACAGUAUUUUUGAACUAUAGGUGUUGGCAAGGUAAGGACCAGGAAAGGCUAAAUGGCAAGGAUUUCUGCAAAAUUAAGUUCUUCCUGAAUUGGUUUGUCAUUUAUUAUGUUGCUGAGUGGUGCGUGAAUAAGGAAAUAUGCAAUAAAAUUCACCCAUUUAACAAACAGUAAA